GAGGUUAGAAGAGAAAGGGUCGUGGCGUAAUCACGUGACUUAUCCCGGAAGAGAGUAGCACCACCAGACAAGCUGCUUUUGACAGCCGCAUCUUUAGCAUAUACAUAUAUUCUGGUGACAAGACAGAUAUGUCUAGAUUUUUUGUGUUGUUUUUUGUAUUUAUCCUGAUUGAUUUUUCCUUUUCAAUCACGUUCUUUUUGCCAUCAAAUCUUCGAAAAUGUUUGCGGGAAGAGAUUCACAAAGACGUGCUCGUCACAGGCGAAUACGAAGUUAGCGAACAACCGACUGCUAAAACCAAUCUGAAGAUUACGGAUUCAUCAGGUCACACAUUAUAUUCCAAGGAGGAUGCUUCGAAAGGGAAGUUUGCCUUUACAACGGAAGACUAUGACAUGUUUGAAGUUUGCUUUGAAAGUAAAUCCCCCAUGGGCACGAGAGCCCCAGACCAGCAGGUUGAUCUCGACAUGAAACAUGGUGUGGAGGCUAAAAACUAUGAGGAGAUUGCUAAAGUGGAGAAGCUGAAGCCGCUGGAGGUGGAGCUAAGACGUCUGGAAGACCUGUCGGAGUCCAUCGUUAAUGACUUUGCCUACAUGAAGAAGCGCGAGGAGGAGAUGAGGGACACGAACGAAUCCACCAACACACGGGUGCUCUACUUCAGCAUCUUCUCCAUGUGCUGCCUGAUUGGCCUGGCCACGUGGCAGGUCUUCUACCUGAGAAGAUUCUUCAAGGCAAAGAAGCUUAUUGAGUAAAAGCCAGACAGUAUAUGAAGCUUGUUCUAAGAUGGAUUCAUUCACAAGAAUUGGAAGUCAACCGUAGAGUUUGUAAAACGUUUAGGUUUGGAGAAUUGUAGUGUCCUCCUUCAAGAUUUUUUUAUGACUGGUUUCGAAUACAAAUGACACUGUUACAAAUUAGGAUAUCGUUUGGCUACUGCUUGAGGUCAAUUCAAUAGUUUAUAAACAUUUAUAAAAUCUUAUGUUGGGUUAAAUAACAAUACAUAUUUAAAUGUCUCCAAUUUACAAAUAGCAGCGAUGUACAAUGACAGCGAUGCCCCGUGGAUGUCAGGAACAUGACAUGUUUUUGAAUAAAAAAACUCCACUUUUC